AUGAACGGGAGUUUAAGUGGACAUCGUGGUCCCGAGCAACAUCCGACAAGAUUCGCGGAUUACUUUGUUAUUUGCGGACUUGACAAAGACUCAGGCCUUGAACCUGACAAAUAUUUUGGAGAUUCAUUGCAGAGUACACCAUUAGACCGUGCUUACAAAAGCAAAGUAUUGGGUCACUAUCCAGAUUCCGUUCCCUGGAACCCAUUUGAUGAGCAUGCAGUCUGUAUGCCUUCUUUCCACUCGUUCGUCCUGACCAAGGAAGAUGGCCGGAGAACUUACGGGUUCAGCUUGGUCUUCUACGAAGAAUGCCGGAACCGAAAGAUUUGCGCUGCAAUGCAAACUCUCCAGGCUAUGUUUAUCACUGAGCUCAGCAGCGGACAAAAUGGGACUCCUCCAGCACCUCGGAAAGGCCAGGAUCCUCAUAACACCCGAUCACUGCCGAGACACUUCAAAUUGUCAGCUCACUCGCCUGGGGCCGCAAUGGCCUAUUACGAUUCAACAAAAGACAAACUGCUGGUAACCAAAUCGAUAUCGCUGCUGUGUCAGCAACCUUACCUCCACGCUGCUCGUACAUUCCUAACGAAUCUCUACAAAUGUGUUCCCAGACAUCCAGGACCGGGUCUAAGUCUCGAGUCCUAUGUCUACAAUCUCCUGUACAACGUGCCAGUUCCAUUGCCCGGAAAAUCGCUUAAAUUUUUCGUCCCCAAUGACGAGCCGGCGAAAUCACCUCUGGAGCUGGUUAUUCUGUAUCCUUGUCCCGCCACGGAACUUCCUCUCCUCGACUAUCCCAUCAGAGACAUGUUUAUGUGGCUUGGCCCAGAGACAGUUAUUCAAUUAUUCACAUGCGUACUCCUGGAGAAUCAAGUGCUCGUUCGUAGCACCGAUUUUCAUAAACUUAUGGUAGUUGCUGAAUGCAUUACUGCUCUUCUUUUUCCCUUCUCGUGGCAACACGUCUAUGUACCUAUAUUACCGGCAAGUCUUCAUCAUUUUCUUGAUGCUCCUGUACCUUUUAUUAUGGGGCUGCAUGCCCAAAGCGAAGGGAGUAAUUUAAAAAUAGCCAGUGAGGCAAACCUUUGUUAUGUAGAUAUCGAUAAACAAACUAGUCAAUUCCCGGAAGAGUUACCAAUUUUUCCAAGAAAAAUGCAAUUCCUCGCUGAGAUUAAAACACUUUUAAAUAAGUACAAAGUACCCCAUUCUGAAAAGACUGACAAUAUGGUCAUAAAUUAUUUAAACUCGGAUAUAAUGACGAGUAGUUUAACACUUCCUGGCUCGGGUUUUCACGUUCCAAGAAGAAAACACUCUCUUCACGACGUUCUGGAUUGGGACAAUAAAUUAGACACUAACAACUCUACAACAACAGUAGCACAGUCUGACGCAUUGCAGAGAAUUGUUGAUAUCGUUAAAAAAACAGGCAUAAGCCUCGAUGAUAUUGACGCUGUUGAAAAUAUGACCAAAGAUGAAGUAAUACUCACUCCUAAAGAAGAAUACCAACAGACAUUAAUUUUUAAUAACGCGAUCAGAGAAAUUUUUUUCAACCGCUUUGUACAAUUAUUCGCCGGCUAUGAUCAUUUUGUCAUUCAUCCAAGUCAAGAUAAAGAUGAAUGGCUCAAUAAUCGAGAUAGUAUGCAUGUAUUUGACAAAGCGACAUUUUUAUCAGACCAACCAGCCCAACAUUUACCUUUUCUAUCUCGAUUUAUCGAGACUCAGAUGUUUGCGUCCCUCGUUGAUACAAAAGUUAUGUCAUCUUGGAAUGAAUUAGACUCUAAUAUUAAAGUUUUUGACCAAAGAAUUGCACAAAUAAAAAAAAAAGGAGGAGAUGGAAUGAUUCGCUCGACGCGUUAUCAAGUAUCGAAUAACAUUCCAGAGACAGAAAAGUCACUGAUAAAUAAAUUAACCAACAUCGACUUUGAAGCAAGUCCUCCGACAGAGAUACUCCCUCACAGGGCUGCUUAUUUCAGAAGUUUUCCGCUGCUUGAUACUGUAGCGCUCAACAAAGAACCCGUUCAAAGCAGCAGAAAAGGCCAAACUCAGUGGAAGUACAAAAUGAAAUCUCUAGAGGCAAAUGGAAAACCACCGACGCCUCAAGAAACUCAGUCACCGCGACCUCAGACAAAAUUAUCAGCUGAUAUGAGUCCUGCUUUAAUUGCCCAGGCCAAUUGGACAUUUGUAGAAAAAUUGCUGAAGGAUUGCAAGUCUAAAACAAAACGAAUGCUAGUAGAAAAAAUGGGCUCGGAAGCAGUAGCUCUUGGUCACGGAACCGAAUCUCUGGUUGAUGUUGAAGAAAACACCUUGGUAGCAAGUCUGUGUGAUUUAUUAGAGCGAGUUUGGAGCCACGGUCUGCAGAACAAACAAGGCAAAAGCGCUCUUUGGUCUCACCUGUCCAUGUAUCAAGAGUUGGAAGAGUGUAAUGACUCUGCUAAGUCUAUCGAUCCGAACUUUUUAUCACCCGAUUUAUCUAACCUGGCGCUGGAAACAGACGUAUCGCCGACCAGAGGAACCGCUGAUAGGAAUAGAUCCACCGGGGAGCGAAAAUCAAUUGGGCCUGAACAUCUGAGGCCUCUUCCAGACUCGUUGACGUUUGAUAUUAGAAAUGUACAAGCUAUGACGGAGAUUAAAACUCAUAUUGGGUAUGCCAGAGCGUGGGUCCGGUUGGCUUUGGAAAAAAAACUUCUUUCUCGUCAUUUGAAAGUGCUGCUGUCUAAUACUACUUUGUUAAGGAAUCAAUACAAAAGAUCAGCAUUUCUCCGCUGUGAAGAAGAAAAGGAACAAUUCUUGUACCACUUACUAACCCUCAAUGCCGUAGAUUAUUUUUGUUUCACCAACAAUUAUCCAACAACAAAAUUACCCUACCGAGUGAUAAUCUUCCCAAGUAGAAAAGCGAGCGCAGCUACAACAUCUGCCAACGGAUGGAUAGUAAUCUCAGGAACUCUCUGCGAAACAAACCCCGUGGGGAUACCAAAAGGUACCCUGGAGUUCGUGUUCCACCACAAAAACCUCGGAGUACUGUCCACAUUACGAAUCGGGCAUGACAACUCCGGAAUAUCUCCCAAAUGGAUGGUCGAGCACGUAGUUGUAAGAAAUGAGGUGACCGGACACACAUUUAAAUUCCCCUGUGGCCGCUGGCUCGGCCGAGGAAUUGACGAUGGCUCUACCGAGCGCUUACUUGUGGGCGCUUUGGUCCCCAGAAGCAUUGACAGCGACGAAUUGGUUGAAACUUGCUCGACACCUCCGCGGUGCAGGUCGCCGAGUAUUCCGCGAAACAGACCUAGUUUAUCAGCUGACGUGCUGCAGCACGUGCUUGGGGAAGCGGUCAAUGCAAUAGUUAAGUUCCACUACCGUCGAGACCCUCAAGAUGGAUCACUCACUGCUCUGUUGUGUGGCGAGGGUGGACUUGUUCCUUCUCUGGAACAAACUUUUCUUUAUGGGUUCAAAAAUCAGCGGAUUUUUGGGAGGAAUUUUUAUGUUUGGGAUUAUUUUUUGAGGGUUAAAGAAAAUUUUGAAAUGUCACUUUUGGAGGAGAUGGACGAGUACUCGAAGAGACUCAAUAGAGACAGAAGGCUUCAUGCGGAAAAUAAUCAGAGGUUUACUAUCUUUCGAUGCUACUGUCAUCUUAUUGAUCAGAUCAAUACUUUUAGUCAUACUCUGGGAAAAGAUGGGAAAUUUCAAUUGUUUAUAUGUUUAGCUGCAAGGGAACAACUUCUUCAUCCAAUGUUACGUCCAAUGAGUGAUGCCCGAUCAACAGCAGAAAUGUACGAAGAAACUUCAUUUUUGCGAAAUCCAACAUUACUAAAUUUCCUAAUCCACAUCUUGGAGCCGUUGAGCGAGUUUCACAUUGUCCUUGAAAAGAGUCUAACCCACGGAAUUUCAAGUAUAUGCUAA